AUGGGAAAACAAAAAAAUUCAAAAAAGAAAUAUGACCCAAUUACUAAACUGUUAUAUUGGUUGUUAGCCAACCAACCGGCUGAUUUGCCAUUUAUACUAUGUAAACUUAUAAUCAUUGCCAACUCAAAUAAUGAAUAUUUUAAGGUUCAUCCAUUAGUGUUAAGGAUUUUGGAAAAAUUUCGUUUAAUAAAAUUUUAUCACCAAAUUUUAAGUAUUUUAUGA